AUGUGGGAGCCAAAAGACAAAGGCUUUGCGGUCGCGUAUGUCAUCCUGUCCUCCGUUGCAGGCUCAGCUAUCGGCCCCAUCUUCGGCGCUUUUAUCGAAUACUCCCUUUCCUGGCAGUUGAUCUUCUGGGUCCAGCUAAUUUUCGGUGGAGUUGUGCAACUGGCCCAUUUCUUCCUCGUGGGGGAAACCCGCUCAACAGUCAUUAUGGAUCGCGAAGCAAAGCGUCGCCGCAAAGCAGGCGAAGACCCAAGUAUUUACGGACCCAACGAGCUAAAGAAACACCGAAUAAACUUCAAGGAGAUUCUCACCGUUUGA